AAUAGUUGUACUGUAGGUUAUGAAUACAUGGCGGAUUGUUGAUGUUUAUUUUUGUUUAAAAAAUUAGUUAAUACCUUGUUAUACAGUAAGUACAACAAUGUUUGUACACGGUUCUUCGUUAAAACCUGUAGCUGAUUGUAUAAAUAUUUACGUGCUGUUUAGUUCCGUUUAAUAUUGAAUAGGUAUGCAUGUAAAUUCUUUUUCAUGGAAUAUUUUCCAACGAGUUUUAUGAUGCACAUUUCAAAGAUCAGAAUUCUUUCUUCGCGGCUGAAUGCCCACAAAUUGCCCUGUAACGCAAAGCUCUAUCACAUCGAACAGAAACCGUUUAAGCAAAACGUUCAAAAUGACGAGGUAGAUCCGAAGGUUCUGGCUUUACGAGAGAAACUGUUGUACUGCGAUCACUUGGAUCUCGAAUACGUUAAAACGGGAUUUAAAAGACGCAAACAGAUGCAAUUGCAGUUUUUAGCGCGUGAAAAAGCAGCAAGGACUAAGACAUCGUUCGAGGACCCCGUUUCAAGCGUAAUUUUAGAUAGAGAGAAAAAAUCAAGUUACGGAGAAUCUGACCACGGCGAGAGGUUGGAAACAGACAAUAAAAACUCUUCUAAUUUCUAUAUGCCAUAUACCAGAACAAGUUCUUACGAAACCAUCGAUUUGUCAAAUGAAAGUAUAAAAGAAGAAACAUCGGAUCGGUUAAACAUAAAGUACAAGAAGUUAUAUGAAAAAUAUUUGGAAGCAAAGAACUCUGGCAUCGAAUAUGAAUCAAAAUUUGAUGACAUCGUAAAGGGCGAACACGACCAUUCGUUACCAAAGGGAGAACUUUGGAAAGUACCAUCCACAUGGAUGACCGAUUUCGAACAGUUCAACGACACUGUGGCAGACGACGAAGCAUUCCGAAGUUACGGAACUCCGGAUCCGUCGUCCGCUGUAAGUUCCGUUCCUUGCGGCGGAUGCGGAGCGUUACUGCAUUGCAAAGAUCCGUCGAUUCCCGGUUACUUGCCGUCCGAAUUGUUCUCGCGCGGCGACCAAGAAGAUUUGAAACGUACGGUUUGUCAGAGGUGCCAUUUCUUGAAAGCUUACAAUGCCGCUUUGCACGUAAAGGUAUCGGCGGACGAUUAUCCGAAGCUGUUGAAGGUCAUAAAAAAGACAAAAUGUGCGAUGGUUUUGAUCGUCGAUUUGACGGACUUCCCUUGCAGUAUAUGGCCCGAUUUGAAAAGCGUCAUGCAUCCUUUCACGCCCGUAAUACUGGUCGGGAAUAAAGUCGAUUUACUUCCGAGGGACUGCCCUCGAUUUCUGGACAACUUGAAGGACCAGCUUUUAAACAGCUUUCUCGAAGUGACCGGUAUAUCACGGAAGAACGUGAUGCACUAUACCCUCGCGUCCGCGAAGACCGGCUUUGGCAUAGAGUCGCUCAUAAACAAAUUGCAGCGCCUGUGGCGGAAUCGAGGAGACGUGUAUUUGGUUGGUUGUACAAACGUUGGAAAAAGUACAAUGUUCAAUGCGCUGAUCAACUCGGAUUACUGUAAAAGUCAGGCUGUGGAUCUGCUGCAACGCGCCACGAUAUCACCUUGGCCAGGGACGACGUUGAAUCUACUGAAAUUUCCUAUUCUGAACGCACAGCCCGAGAAAGUCGCGUUGCGAACGCAAAGACUGAUACAAGAACAAGUUUAUAAAGUGGCCGAGACAGAAUAUAGAGUGUCGAAGUUUCGGGAGACAAGGAACAUACGUUACACCAUGUUGGAAGAGCGCGUAGGUAGAACCUUCCGAAAGGAACCGCUGGAAGAACGCGAUCCAUUCUCGGAGAAAUCGUACAAGUUUAUGCAAAGGAAGCCUUGUUUCGACGAAACACAGCCAGAGUAUGCGCAGAGUCGUUGGUGUUACGAUACACCGGGCACCAUUCAGCCGGAUCAAAUAUUAGAUCUGUUAACGACCGACGAACUGUCCUUGACCAUACCCAAGCAAAUAAUAUCUCCGAGAACGUUCAUCCUCAGGCCGAAAGAAACCAUGUUCCUGGCUGGCAUGGGAAGAUUGGACUACCUCGAAGGAGACGUUUACAUUCGGUGUACGCUGUUCGCGAGCAUGGAACUGCCUCUAACGAUAUGCCUCACGGAACACGCGGACGACCUGUACGAACAAUUGCUGACCACGAGAGCGUUCGCAGUGCCGGUCAACGACCCCGAACGAUUGGAAAGGUGGCCGAAAUUGGGCUCGAAAGAAAUGAAAGUCACGGGCAUAAAUUACAAGAAAUCCGUGGCGGACAUCGUACUGUCCAGUAUAGGUUGGAUCGCGGUAACGCCGCACGAGAACGAGCACGCGACCUUGAGAGCAUGGACACCUCAGGCUCGAGGUAUAUACCUGAGAACUCCGGCGUUGCUCUCGCAAUCGGUCAACUUUCGCGGCAUCAAGAAACAGUCUACGCCUGUAUAUCUGCUGGGACGGCAGGUUUACGUGAAAUAAAAGAAAAUUUCACCGGUU